AUAAUAAAAGUUCUUCUUUGGCAACAUUAAGUAAAUUAAAAUGAUCUCUCUGGUGGAUCGUCAACAACAACAAUAACAAACUUAAAAAAGUAGAAAAUUCUACAUUGGCAAUCGACAAUAUGGAAGAAGGAAAUAGAGAUGAAGAAAAUAACAACGAAGCAAACGGUGGUUCUUGGUGGGGUUCAUGGCCGAGUUGGCUACAAACUGCGAAAGAAAAAUCUAGCACAGCUUUGGAGUUUAUGAAGAGAGAUCUUACAGAGUUUGGUCAGGUUGUGCAGACAGAUGCUGUAGCUGCAGUUUCUUCUACAGCUGCAAUUAUCAAAGGCAAGCUAACUGUUGACACUGCUGAGGCAGUUGCUGAUAAAGCUCGUCAAUCAUUCACUACUGUUCUUGAAACAAUAACAGAUGUAUUUGCUCCUCCAAAAGAAUUAGAAGAAAGUGAACUCAUGAUCAUUAAGGAUUCUGAACCUGUUCUUAUGGAUUGGUGGCAGAUAAAAGAUGAAACACAGCUCUUCAGGAUUAGAACUGAUCCUAGAACUUUUUGUCAUGAGCCUGAAGGUCCUCCUGAAAUGUAUGAAAAUUGGUUGGAGUCCUUUGAUUGCACUGAAUAUCAAGAAGAAAUGACAGAAAUAAUCAUGUCUUGUUCAGACACAAGAGCUCUUUAUGACAAGCUUGUCCCUUCUUCUGUGUCACACUUGGAAUUUUGGCAGAGAUACUUUUACAGGGUUCAUCUUCUUAGAAAAGCUGAAGCAAAGCGAGCUGAAUUGAUGAGAAGAGCCGAACAAAUAUCCAUUGACGACAUUGAAUGGGAUAAAGAGCAAGAGCUUAAUGAUGAGAAAAACUUAUUGCCUCAAAACCAAAAAAGUGAAGACCAAUUAAAUUGCAAAUCUGCCAAAGAAAUAGUUAACUCUGAUUUUACUUCAAGCAAAUUACUUAAAGAUACAAGGCCAGAAAUAUGUUCAUCUCAAAGUAUAAAAACUGAUAGUUCACAAACUAUUCUUAAAGAUGAAGAGACUAGACAACCUGAUAUUUCUUCAGCAGAUUUGGAUAAUAGGAAGAUAGAUCACAAUUCUUCACUGUUGAAUGAAGAAAGCAGAAACGUGCAAACAGAACCUUCUUCCGCAAACAGCACUAACGGAAGUCGUCGUUCAUCUCCCAUUGAAUCGCUUGGGAAAGAUUCCAGUACAGGUGAUGAAUGGGAAAAAGAUUUUGAAUUAGAAAUUAAUGAAAAUGAUCUGAAAAAUGUGGAAGAUGUAAGUCAAGACCACCCUAAAGAGGAUGAAGAUGAUUGGGAGAAAUGGCAGUAAAUUUUGUAUAAAUAUAUAAAAUUAUAUAUACUUUAGGAAUUACUAUGAAAUGAAUGGGUAUAAUUUGUAUAUUAAAAUCAUUUUGUUUCACUCUUAAAUAUUUUAUACUUGUUGAAAUAUGUAAAAUAUAAUCAAGUCAUCAUAUUGUGUAAUGUUUAUAUAAAU